AAACCUUCACCAGGACAAGCAGGAAGUAGUAUUUCUUGACUGAAUGGAGAUGUUGUUGUUGUGAUUAUUCUCUUCUGGCCGCUGUCACCGACUCAAGUCGUGCGACGGGCUUUUUUAUUUCGACCGACAGCGACAGACAUGUUCCGCUGCGCGACGAGGAGUGUGUGUGGUGGACGAGGGCGAGUGUGUCCUGCCUGGGCGCCUCCGUCUUACACCCAGUCAUCAUCAUGGAUGCUGAGAAACACGACAGAGGAGCGACAUCACAGGUUGGCUGAGCAGCGUCUCAGGUGCUCGGUCCGUUGUAUGAGCUCUGCGGCCAAGAGGAGGAAACCUCUGCCCAGUGCCUUCCCAGUGCUGGAGUCGCCCCUGCAGCCCAUCCACCAACACGUGUACGAAGCUAACGUCCGGAACAGCGACGCCUGCCAUAAGAAGUUCGUAGAGCUGAGUGAGAAGGUGAUGAAAGGCGGAGGGGAGAGCGGCAUCGCCAGACACACAAAGAGAAACAGGAAGUUACUGGUCAGGGAUCGCCUGCGCCUCCUGUUGGACGAUGAAGACUUUCUGGAGCUGUCUCCAUUCGCGGGUCUGGGUCUGCCUUACGGGGACGUCCCCUCAGCCGGCUGCCUGACUGGUAUCGGCAGGAUCUUUGGUCUCUGGUGUGUGUUCAUCGCCAAUGACGCCACGGUGAAAGGUGGCACGGCGUAUCCGAUCACGGUGAAGAAGCAGCUGAGGGCGCAAGAGGUGGCGAUUCAGAACCGCCUGCCUUGUGUUUACCUGGUCGACUCCGGAGGAGCUUUCCUCCCACUGCAGUCCGAGAUCUUUCCGGACAAGAACCAGGGAGGAAGGACCUUCUACAACGAAGCCAUCAUGUCUGCCAUGAAGAUCCCACAGGUGUCAGUGGUGUGUGGGUCAUGCACAGCGGGCGGAGCGUACAUCCCCACGAUGGCAGAAGAGGCGGUGAUGGUGCACCGGAUAGGGACGAUAUUCCUGGGAGGACCGCCGCUCGUCAAGGCCGCCACGGGAGAGGAAGUGUCACCGGAGGACCUGGGAGGAGCCAGGCUUCACGCCGAAGUGAGCGGCUGUGUGGAUCAUUUUGCCUGGGAAGAAAAGGAGGCGUACGAUUACACCAGAAACAUUAUUUCCACCCUCAAUUUCCAGCUGCCUGAGGAAGAGGAGGAUGAGGAGAUGACGAAGAGGAGAAGAGCAGAGGAGGAGCCACUGCACAGUUCAGAGCAGCUGCUGGGUCUCGCGCCGCGGAGUUACAACCAUAGUCUGGAUGUGAAAAUGGUCAUCAGUCGGCUGACAGACGGGAGCCGCUUCCAGGAGUUUAAGGCUCGUUUUGGAACCACACUCAUCACUGGUUUCGCAAAGAUACACGGCAACCUGGUGGGAAUAGUAGCCAACAACGGGGAGCUGUCGAACCAGGCCGCCCUGAAAGGAAGCCAUUUUGUCCAGUUGUGCGACCAGAGAGACGUCCCACUCCUCUUCCUCCAGAACACGGCGCCCACAGCAGCGCCGACGCUCUCCGUGACACAGGCAGAGAUGAACAGUAACCGUCUGAAGGCUCAGGGUUCGAUGAUGUCAGCGGUGGCGUGCGCCUCUGUCCCCAAAAUCACUGUGGUGAUUGGUGGUUGCCAUGGUGCCGACAGCUAUGCCAUGUGUGGACGGGCCUUUGAGCCCAAUUUCCUGUUCCUGUGGCCCAACGCCAGAGUGUCGAUGGUGGCUCCGGGUCACUCGGGCUCUCUGCUGCCCCCCGACAGCGAGCAGGAGGAAGAGCAGAAGAAGAAGAAGAAGAUGCAGGAGGAGGACGACUUGAACAGGCGAUUAGAAGAGGAGAGCUCCGCUUUCUUCUCCUCCGGCAGGCUCUGGGACGACGGAGUCAUCAAGCCUCAGGACACCAGGAAGGUUCUCAGAGACUGCCUGGACAUUAUCACACAGCAGCAGUAUCAGCUUUCCACAGAAAAAGUGCGGCCGCCACUUCUACGUAUCUAGAGGAUCCAUCCCUCUCCUCCCCUCCUUCGGACACGAAAAAACAACUGUCCAUCAAUUUGAUUUUAAAAAGUGUUUUUUCAUUCAGUCCACAUUUACCAGCGAGCGCUGAGAGGAUGAGAGGAUUCACACCGAGCUAUGGCCCGUACAUUUUUAGGUGAUGUCAGUGUCUUUGUGAGCAGGAGUUACGUUGAAAAAAACUUGCAAUUGUAAUUGUAAAAUUUAAAAAAAUUAAAAGAGGAAUUGUAUUUUGAAUCCUUAGAUAACAACAUGAGUGCAAUGCUUAGACAUGCUACACAGCAGACAGGAAACAUCCUCCCUCACCUCAUGGCUAAUUCUCUCAUGUCUAAUGCAUCAAACAACACUGAUUUUAAAUGCUUGUCUUUUAAGUUUGAACCCCAAUCAUGGAUCUCAAAUCCUGGGAUGGGAACAGAGGUUUUAUGAUAUGAAGAACAUUAUGAACUUUUGGCUGCUUUUAUCAACAGUUCUGAACCAGUACCGGAAACUAAUGACUACCUCCUUUCACACCGACCGCCCUUUAAAACACCAGGAACUCUGAUAUACGGGGGAAGAUUAAGAGUUAUUUAUAUUGUAUGUAUGUCAAAUUGAUUAUCAGAAAGCCGUCCAUUUGUCCUGUACAUGAAGGUGAAGUAGUGAAGACACUCUGGAAAGUUCAUUCUUGGUUAAUUCUGCAAAAAGUGCCUCAUCUGAAGAGAGUCACUACUGAAUGUGUGAAUGAUUCUCAUAAACCAUGUCCCUGUUUGAUUUGAUGUGAUGUCAAAUUACAACAAGAACAUGAAAUGUGUACUCAAUUCAAAAGAAAGCUUGUUUGAUUAUUAUUAAAAUUUUUAUAUUAAAAUUUUUAGUUUAACACAUUAUCAAUGAUAAAUAUCUGCUGUCCGUAUGAUUGUACUCGCAGUAAUCUUUGCAGAGAGAAUCCUCCAUAGUGAGAAACGGUGCUUUGUAACUACAAAUGUAAAUUAGUCAGUGUUUUGUUUUUUAAUUUCUAUAAAAGGGGAUCAAAAAUGUAAAUACAUUUUAAAAUUUCUAAA